GGACAGCCGUCCCCGGAACUUUCAAUAGACCUGCCAAUACAGGGUUUAGAGACAGCUACCGAGGAAGAGAUGAUCGUGGAUCUUCCUUCAGGGCUAACUGGUGUCGCCCCUGGAAUAACAGGCAGAGGAUCGGGAAGAGCACGUGCUGGAGGUUAUGUCAACGCACAAAACCGUAAGCAAUGACGCGAUAUCGUGGGGGGCAGGCUUCUGGAAUUCGCAGAAGCCUGGGUGCACAGCACUACGGAUCAAUGGGUAUUGAGAACAGUAAAGCACGGCUAUGUUAUAGACCUUGUGGCAACUCCUCCCGAUUUUCUUUUCUUAACACCUGUCCCCAAGGUGAGGUCCAAGAGACUGUUGAUGGACCAAAGUAUCCAACACUUAUUAGACAUCCAUGCGAUAGAACUGGUUCCGUUGAUGGAAUUAUGUGUAGGUAUCUUUUCUCUUCUCUUUUUGGACUCCUGGCGCGUGAUUCUGGAUUUGAAAAGAUUGAAUCAGUUUGUGCAAAAACGCACAUUUCGAAUGGAGUCUUUAAGGACAAUAAAGGCAGCCGUACACCCGGGCAAUUACUUGUCCUUGAUAGACCUUUCAGAGGCGUACUUACAUGUACCGAUUCAUCCUGCCUCUCGCUAAUACCUGAGGUUUGUUUACAAUCAGAGACAAUUCCAGUACAGGGCUCUACCCUUCGGGUUGUCCUCAGCUCCUCGCGUAUUCAUCAAACUCAUGGUGGCAGUGAUAGCUUACAUGCGCUUGCGGGGGAUCCAUGUUUACCCGUAUCUGGACGGCUUGCUCGUGAGAUCCCUGUCCUACCAUCAAGCCUCCAAGGACAUAGCUCAGGACAUCCAGAUACUAGAGGAUCACGGGUUUGUCAUCAACCGUACCAAGAGCCACCUAAACCCAUCUUGUGUACUCCAGCAUCUGGGAGUUGUUUUCGACACGAGAUUGGGCACAGUUUCUCGCCUAACGGACUGACAACAGAAGAUUGCCUCACACACCAGGCCAUGGCUGUCCAGGAAAUGGGGUUCCCUCAUGUCUCUGGCUCAAAUCAUGGGCUCAGUGAUCACCUGCCUAGAAUGCACACCCUGGGCCAGGUGGCAUUCGAGACCACUUCAAUAGUUCUUGCUUCCUUAUCAGGAAGCCAUUAUGGCAAAGAAGCAGAUAAAACUUCGCUUACCACAGAAGGUCAGGAAUUCUCUUUGGUGGCUGUCGCCGGCGAUAGGAAAGUAAAUACUUUUGGAAACUCCCCAGAGGAUCGUGGUGAUGACCGACGCCAGCCUCUCUGGUUGGGGGGCCCACUGCCUGGCACAUCAUGCGCAGGGGUUGUGGGUUCAGAAGGAUUUGGAGAACAAUAUCAACUGGCUAGAGUUGAAGGCAAUUCGAUUAACUCUUCUGCAGUUCCGUGAUCUGUUGAUAGGGAGACAUGUUCUGAUAAGGACAGACAAAAGCUCACAUAAAUCACCAGGGUGGAACAAGAUCAAGGCCCCUCAUGCAGGAAUCCGACUUACUAUCCGCAUGGGCGGAAAUUCACCUACACUCCAUGACGGCGGAACAUCUGAGGGGCACGGAGAAUCUACAAGCGGAUUGGCUGAGCCGCCAAAUGGUGGAUCCAGCAGAGUGGGCCCUGCAUCUGGAAGUCUUCAAGGAAAUUGUCCACAGGUGGGGUCGUCCACAGCUGGACCUCUUCGCGUCACAGGAAAAUGCCAAACUACCAAGGUUUUUCGCAAGAUAUCUAACUCUUCACGCAGAAGAAGUAGAUGCUCUCACGUCUCCCUGGCCGCGGGGAUUACUUUAUGCCUUUCCCCUGACUCCAAUCCUGAGCUCCUUCCUAAGAAAGUUCCUAUUAGAAGAAGCAGAAGUCGUUUUGAUAGCUCCUUAUUGACCACGAAGACCCUGGUUUUCUGACCUCCUGAGUCUCUCAGUCCAACCGCUGUGGCCUCUUCCCCUAAGGAGAGAUCUACUAUCACAAGGACCUCUAUGUCAUCCGGAUCUGGUCUGGCUAUGCCUUCACGCAUGAAGGUUGAGUGCAUUACCCUAGAUUCCAAGGGAUAUUCCCGCCAGGUGCAAGACACUAUCAUAGUGUCAAGAAGGCCAUCCACUUUGCGCAUUUAUCAGGUUACCUGAUCAGCCUUUUGUUCCUGGGGGGUGGAAGCAGGACUUUGUUCCAUCCUUGGUGGGGGUUGCAGAGGUGCUGGGGUUCCUUCAAGCAGGUCUUGAGAAAGAUCUGUGUCCCAGCACAUUGAGGAGGCAAACUUCAGCCUUGUCCUCAGUCCUGGAUUUAGCGGUGCCUGGUUCAUCUUCCUUGCACCCUCAUAUUAGACGUUUUCUGAGGGGAGCGAGCAACUUGGCUCUGCCUCCCGUACAUAGGUUUUCCUCCUGGGAUUUGAAUUUAGUUUUAAAUGCUCUUACUAAGGCUCCGUUCGAGCCUCUUCGUUCAGCUCCCUUGAGAAUUUUGUCCUUUAAAGUAUUGUUCCUUGUGGCCAUCACCUCGGCACGAAGGGUUUCUGAACUAGCUGACCUCUCUGUGCGCGAUGAGCUAUGCAUUUUUCAUAAGGAGUGUGUUGUUUUUGAAGUUGGAUCCCACCUUCUUACCCAAGGUUAAUUCCAUCUUUCAUAGGAGUCAAGAUUUACUAUUGCCCUCCUUCUGUCCUAGUCCUGCUCACCCUAAGGAGCAUGCUUGGCAUACUCUGUAUGUGCGUAGGGCACUUAGAUUGUAUAUUAAAAGAUCCAAAAUCUUUAGAAAGACGGAUUCCCUUUUUGUUUCCUUUCAGCCAUCUUCCCUAGGGACCAAGGCGUACAAGGUUUCCAUGGGUCGAUGGAUCAGAGCUGCCAUAUCGUUGGCUUAUGAGUCUCUUCACCUACCUGUUCCUCGUGGCAUUUCUGCCCAUUCCACUCGCAGAGCCAGCACUUCUGCGGCCUUUUCAGCUCAUGCCCCCUUGGAAGAAAUUUGCAAGGCGGCAACUUGGGCAUCAGUGUCUCCCUUCAUUAGGCAUUACAAGAUUCCGUCUUUUCACGCUGCUUAAGCAGCAAUAGGAAGGACGGUAUUGCAACAGGUUGUCUAAUCAUUCGCUCCCGCCCUUGGGAUUGCUUUGGUACGUCCCAUCACAUUAGGAUGCCCUCCCCAUACCAAGGAAAAAGAACCAUUGGUAGACUUUACUGUGAAGGGUUCUUUUUCUGGGUAUGGGGAGGGCAUCCGGCUCACCCGCGAAUGUUUACGACGGAUAUGCAGGGAGGUAGGGCAACUCCCAGGGUUGCUUAGUUCUUUGCUGUCACUGUUUACUGUACAACUUCAUCCCUUGUGGACUAUUUUUUCUCUACUUGCUCUCUGUAUUUUCUGUGCUCAACAGUCCUGGAACUGGGGAUGAGUGACAGCUGUCUGGAUACAUAUGAUCGACCUGAAUUUUGAUUGGUCCUGUCUCAGAGCAUGCAGAGCUUGAUAACCCAUCACGUUAGGAUGCCCUUCCCAUACCCAGAAAAAGAACCCUUCACGGUAAGUCUACCAAUGUUUCUUUCAUGGCAGAGCUCUUGUAGCUUUAACAGCUGUUUGAGCAGAUUCAGCAAGCUCUUUCCAUCACUGUAUGCUGGAGAAAGAUACACUGGUGAAAUCUCUGCAUUUCAUGCAGCUGUUGAGGUGUAGCAACUCAAAAACGUUGGCAGUCUUAGGAACACAAUGAAAGAUUAUUCCAAACAGAUGUAGAUUUCCAGUACCUCCUUGUUUGUUUGUUUAAUUUAUAUACUGUCUAGUAUAAAAAUCUCUAGGCUGUAUACAAAAUAAAAACAUAAUAUAAAAUAUAACAUUUAAAAUUCAUAAAAAGAUAAAAAUCAUAAUAAAUAAUUUUUUCUAGAUACAAUUGAUUUAUUUGACCUAUGAAAGAGCACCAAAUGGUUUUAUCCUUAUAUCAGUCUUGUUAAUAGACCCUCAGUGGUUGCCUGUGGCAAGUAGGAAUGGCUUCCAGGAGACGGGGCUAGGAAGCUUUUGUACACUGGAAAGGAGGGGGGGGGGUUUGUUAUCUUCCAAGCAAUUCAUAUGCCACAAACAGUUGACACAGAUUUGUGUAGACAACUGAGCUAGUAAUAAUGUUUGUGGAACAAGGUUAACUUUCAGUAACUUUUUUGUGGACUUAGUUAAAAGGAAAUUACCUAAAAGACCAACAAUUUCUGUUCCCUCACAAUUUCUACAACCAGUUGUUAUGUAAAGGGAUGGUCUUGGUAGCUUCUCUGCAUUUGUGGGACUCUUGUUAUCUAGUAAUCUGGGAAAUAUGAUUUUAAAAAAUAAAUUUUUAAGCAUUGUAAGCCUUUUAAAUUUGGAUUGUUCUUUAAUGACCAGAAUUAAGUAUAUUUUGGGCUAUUUUAGUGUGUGUGUGUGUGUGUGUGUGUAUAUAUAAAUAAAUAAAAACACCUCUUAAUUGUUAUGAGACCAUUUGAGACAGAGAACCUCUAAUUUUCCUCCCAGUGUUUAAACCAACAUUAAGAACUUUCUUCUUGGAAAGUGCUAUAUAAAUAUUCAUCAUAAUAAACCCUAUGGAAAAGAUGGACUAAAAGACAAAACCAGUAAAGCCUGUAGAUUGUUCUUUUUCUUUGUCUGCAGCAGAAAGAUUUCCCUGUUGACCUGCCUCUUAAAAAGUUUAUUUGUGUUUUUGUCCUGAAGUAGUGUCUACCUCUUCACAAUGAAAAUAGCAUACACUGCUUUUGUAUGGAGGUCUACAAAAAGGUUUUGUUUUACAUCAUGGCUUCCAAACCAUAAUCUUGUUUCUUACCAGUCUCUUUUUUUUCUUCUCCAGCUGUGAUUAACGGAAUGUGAAUUCCUGUGAGGAUCCUGGUUCUUCUCUCAGCUGCUGUGAAAGCAGCAGUGUUGGUCACUAAGCAACAGUGUUGGGUCCUGUUUGGUUUUAUUUUACUAGCAUCCUGUGCAAGAUGACGGCUCAGUGGAGCAAGGCAGGACUAUGUGGCCAUCAGGAGAGUUGAGAAAAUGUGAAAUUCCAGUUGGAAUUAAGAGGCCUU